AACUAUUGGGGGCCGGUCAAUCUCAUCGUCAGUUGCUUUCUCACUCUGGACGCCAACCCAAACCAGGUCAGGUCACGCACCAUAAAUACUUGGCUGCCUGCCAUCUACGGACCUCGUUUCUUUGCCACCCUGCCCGUCCGGCCGUGCCCUCGCCGAUCCAUGACCGCACCUAGCUCCCCUCCCACCACAUCUGACUAGCCAACUCCAUCGCCUUGGCUUGGCAGUAUAUAUAGGAGCUAGCGGACGACGUGCGCGCCCCAUCAAUCAAUCGCCAUGGCCGUCGACCUGCAACGCCUGCGCCACAUGCUACUCACCACCGGCGCCGGCGCCGGCGCCGGCGACCACCAGCGCGCCUCCGCCGCUGCUAUGCCAGCGAGUGGGCCUUGUUAUGGCGCUGCGGUGCCGACCCAGCGGGGGCAUCAGCCGUGCGCGGACCUCUUCACGCCGCCCCCGCCGACGACGACGACGACGUCGGCCGCGGAUCAGUGUUCGGAGUUCUUGCCGAUGAACGCGGUUGGUCUGGCGAAGAAGGGCGUCAGGCCCGACGCUGCUCAGGAAAUUAGCACAAACAAGCGGAAGCGCGACGAGAGGUCGCCGGUGCUUGGCGCGGCCGACGUUCUUGCAGCCCACGUCCAGCAGCAGACCAUCGACGUCGACGGCAUCCUGCUCAAACAUGCGAAGAAGAUGUGGACUGCUUUGGCAGAGCAGAGGCAGAGCCACAUGAGGCUCAUCGUCUCGACCGUGGAGGGCAGAGCGGCUCAGCGGCUCAAAGCCAAGGACGAGGAGAUCGAGAGGAUCAGGACCAUGAACUGGUCACUCGAGGCGCGCCUUCAGAACCUCUUCAUGGAGGCUCAGAUGUGGCGCGACGUCGCGCAGUCCAACGAGGCCACGGCCAACGUGCUCCGCGGCGACCUGCGGCGGGUGCUCGACGCCCAGGCGGUCGGUGGCGGUGGAAGCGGCGGCGAUCAGGACGACGCCGAGUCGUGCUGCUGGGGGGAGAACGAGGUAGCGGAGGAGCGGCCCGAGACAGGAGUAGGAAGGUGCAAGGCGUGCCGCGAGGGCACGGCCGUUGUGCUGUUGCUGCCGUGCCGGCACCUCUGCGUGUGCGCGCCGUGCGCGGCCACGGCGCAGGCGUGCCCUUCGUGCGGAAGCGCCAAGAAUGGCAGCGUCUGCAUCAACUUUCCGUGAUGUGGGAGGAAUAGUUUUAGUGUCGACAUUUUUCUUUUCCUUCUGAAACUUACUAGAGUCGACUUUUGCUUUCUUCACUUUUUGUUGUUGUUGUUGUUGACGGGGGUGAUAGGGCGAUGGUUGGAUGACAUAGAUACGAAAAAGGAUGCGUUUUCCUUCUUUUGUUCAGUUUAGCUUUUUGCUCAAGGUGUUGGGUUAAUUGUUCAACAAACUGAAAAACAGUUCACAGUAUUGCAGAUGUAUGCUUCAAAGAUUGAAAAACUGAACAGUAGAUAUGGGUUGUGUCCAAGGGUUUGAGGUGACUUGGGUCCUGUUUGAAACUACAAUAGAUUAUAUAGUCUAGUUUAUAAAAAUAAUUUAU